CCAUAUCUUUGCUCUGCUCUCCGUUAAUGGAGUCAGAAUGGCCACAAACUCAGACCCAAAAUGACUAUCUUAUCCUUCACCUUCUUCUCUCUCUUCACCCUGACCGUCGGAUUAGAUUACCAAGUGCUCGGCUUAACAACAGCAACAACAACAAAGGCCUCAGGUGAGAGGUAUGUUCAGAUGCGGGCGGGUGCACCGUUCAAGAUAGCGCUGUUUGCUGACCUGCAUUUUGGGGAGGCCACGUCGACUGACUGGGGUCCACUCCAGGACGUGAACUCAACAAGAGUUAUGAACACUGUACUUGACGAUGAAACUCCAGAUUUUGUUAUAUACCUUGGAGAUGUCAUUACGGCCAACAAUAUACCAAUUGCAAAUGCCAGCUUGUACUGGGAUCAGGCAAUCUCUCCAACAAAAUCAAGAGGUAUUCCGUUUGCCAGUGUGUUUGGAAACCAUGAUGAUGCACCAUUUGAUUGGCCGAAGGAGUGGUUUCCAGCCCCUGGAAUUCCUCAACUUAUUUGCCCAGCAGUCAACUCAACACAUUCAGGAGAAGAAGCCUUUAGCUUCAGAGGCACACAGCGUAUCGAGUUGAUGAAACACGAGAUUGAGCAUAAUGUGCUGUCUUAUUCUAGCAACGGUCCAAAAGCGCUUUGGCCAAGUAUAUCCAACUAUGUUAUCCAAGUCUCAUCAUCAGAUGAUCCAAAGUCACCCGUGGUAUACCUGUACUUUUUAGAUUCUGGCGGCGGGUCCUAUCCACAAGUUAUCUCAAAUGCUCAAGCGGAAUGGUUCCAGAACAAAUCUGAAGAGAUCAACCCUAACUCAAGUUUAGUGUUACCUGACAGUGUGCCCGAGCUAAUAUUCUGGCAUAUCCCAAGUCAAGCAUAUAAUAAAGUUGCUCCACAGUUUGGAAUUCACAAGCCCUGUGUAGGCUCAAUUAACAAAGAAAAUGUUUCUUCUCAAGCAGCUGAAUUGGGUAUCAUGGAACUUAUUGUUAAAAGGACUUCUGUCAAGGCAAUAUUUGUUGGACAUAACCAUGGAUUGGAUUGGUGCUGCCCCUAUGAGAAACUCUGGCUCUGUUUUGCUAGGCAUACUGGUUAUGGUGGCUAUGGAGACUGGCCUAGAGGAGCUAGAAUUAUAGAAAUCACUCAGCAGCCUUUCUCCUUUAGAACUUGGAUAAGGAUGGAGGACAAUAUAGUACACAGCAAAGUUGUGCAUGGAAGUGCCAAUCAAUUGAGUUACAAAACUUUUGACCAAAUGAUAGUUAUUUUGUUAUGUUAUUUUAUGUCUUUAAUUUUUUAAUUUUUGUUAAAAAUAUAAAGAGAGAGACUAAGAAGUGAGAUUUGUCUGUAUAUUGAUGUAUAUUUUGUGUGUAUAACAUU